CCUGUUUACCUCUAAUUAUUUUAUCUAUGCUCAUAUAGUUCCUCAACCCCUUAUAGCGCUCUCUCUCUCUCUCUCCCUCACACAUACACUCACACCUUAAAUGUAGUUUUCUGGAGAGUGGGAGAAGGAGGAUGCUGCUUGAUACUGCUUGUCUAUUUAGACUUGUCGUGGGAGGAGUUGAGCAUCACUGCUUCUCUCUGUUCUCCUUUUUCUCUCUCUCUACCUCCCUGCGUACUUCCAGAGCUGUGGCAGUGGGUGUUACUCGUCUACCCUUGGGCUUGAAAGUCACCUAAGACCUAUUUCUACAUUGCUAACAUCAUUCAUCCUUCGAUUUUUGCUUAUUGCUACUGAUAUUGAGGGACUUUUGCUAUGGCGCAUGCUGCAGCGAGCAUCAAAAAGGCCCGAGUGGAGAUGGAACAGGCUCCCGAUUUGAAAGCGCUGGAGAAAGCCAGUGAGAAAAGAAGGCGCUCACGUGAAAGAGCCGAGCGCAGGUGUAAGUCGGACAGCAACACCAGUUUCCUUCGAGCAGCAAGAGCAGGAAAUAUUGACAAGGUUCUGGAGUAUUUGAAGGGCAGAGUAGACAUCAGCUCUUGUAAUCAGAAUGGCCUCAACGCUUUGCACUUGGCAGCAAAGGAAGGACACAUAGAGCUGGUCCAGGAGCUGCUGGACAGAGGGUCUUCAGUUGAUUCUGCAACCAAGAAAGGAAAUACAGCUCUCCACAUCGCUUCACUAGCAGGACAAGGAGAGGUUGUAAAGAUCCUGGUCAAGAGAGGAGCAGACAUUAAUGCCCAAUCUCUGAAUGGAUUCACUCCUCUGUACAUGGCUUCUCAAGAAAACCAUUUAGAUGUAGUGCGAUAUCUUUUGGAGAAUGGUGGAAACCAGAGUACCGCAACAGAGGAUGGCUUCACACCUCUAGCUAUUGCACUGCAACAAGGCCAUAAUCAGGUGGUGUCCAUCCUUCUAGAGAACGACACAAAGGGCCAAGAACGUCUGCCUGCCUUGCACAUUGCAGCCCGCAAGGAUGACACCAAAUCUGCUGCCCUGCUGCUCCAAAAUGACCACAAUGCCGAUGUUCAGUCUAAGAUGAUGGUCAAUAGGACAACUGAGAAUGGGAAGAGUGGAUUCACACCCCUGCAUAUUGCUGCUCAUUAUGGAAAUGGAAAUGUCGCAACACUGCUCCUCAAUCGAGGGGCUGCUGUGGACUUCACUGCAAGGAAUGGGAUCACGCCACUACAUGUUGCGUCUAAGAGGGGAAACACUAAUAUGGUUCAUCUGCUGUUGGACAGAGGGGCUCAGAUUGAUGCCAAAACACGGGAUGGCCUCACGCCUUUACACUGUGCAGCAAGAAGUGGGCAUGACACAGCAGUGGAGCUCUUAUUGGAGAGAGGAGCCCCUAUGCUGGCCAGAACCAAGAACGGUUUAUCCCCACUCCACAUGGCAGCGCAGGGUGACCAUGUGGAGAGUGUCAAACACCUGCUGCAGCACAAGGCACCUGUUGAUGAUGUCACACUGGACUACCUGACAGCCCUCCAUGUUGCUGCUCACUGUGGUCACUGCAGAGUUACCAAACUUCUACUAGACAUGAGAGCCAACCCGAAUGCUCAAGCAUUGAAUGGUUUCACUCCUCUACACAUUGCCUGUAAGAAAAACAGAGUCAAAGUGAUGGAGCUCUUGAUCAAAUAUGGAGCAUUCAUUCAAGCUAUCACUGAGUCUGGUCUCACACCAAUCCAUGUGGCAGCCUUCAUGGGUCACCUCAACAUUGCUCUUUUACUACUGCAGAAUGGAGCUUCCCCUGAUGUUAGCAACAUACGUGGAGAAACAGCUUUGCACAUGGCUGCCCGUGCUGGACAGAUGGAAGUUGUUCGUUGUCUUCUGAGGAAUGGAGCCAUGGUGGACGCAAGAGCAAGGGAGGAUCAGACUCCGCUUCACAUUGCAUCUCGUUUGGGUAAGACAGAGAUUGUCCAGCUCCUGCUACAACACAUGGCUCAUCCAGAUGCAGCAACCACUAAUGGUUACACCCCCCUUCAUAUCGCUGCACGAGAGGGACAUCUGGACGUUACUUCAGUGUUGUUGGAGGCUGGUGCUUCUCACUCUUUAGCUACCAAGAAAGGGUUCACACCUUUACAUGUGGCAUCAAAAUAUGGUAGCCUGGACGUGGCAAAACUACUUCUACAGCGGCGGGCACCCCCUGACUUUUCUGGGAAGCAGAACGGUCUUACUGCUCUACAUGUUGCUGCUCACUAUGAUAACCAGAAAGUGGCGCUCCUGCUUUUGGACAAAGGGGCAUCUCCCCAUGCCACAGCCAAGGUGAGAAGACAUCAUCUCUGUCUGUGUAGCAGAGAUGGGCACUCGAGUUAG